AUGAAGAGCUCUUUCAUCCUCUCCAUCGCGGCCAUCGCCGCCCAGGUCAUCGCCCUCCCCACCCAGACCGAGGAGCGUUCCGUGACCCUGCCCGUCCGCGACGUGGAGUUCGCCGCCAACAUCGACGUCCGCCCCAAGCUUCGCCGCGGCCAGAGAGCCGCAGUCACCGACAUCGAGGAGCGUGACGUCGCCGAGGACGACGAGACUGAGGACGACCUCCCCGCCGCUCUCUUCGCCAGGAAGAAGGACAACGCCGCCGCUGCUGGAGGAGCCACCGGAGCCGCUGCAGGCAACGCGACCGCCGGCGCCGGAGGCAAGAAGAAGGGCAAGAAGGCCAAGGCCGCGAAGGCCCAGGGCGCCAACGCCAAGGCCACCGGAAAGAAGGGCAAGAACGCCGCCGCUGGAGGUGCCGCGAACAACGGAACCGCCACUGCCGGAGGCAAGAAGGGCAAGAAGAACAACGCCGCCGCUGCCGCCGAUGCGGCUACCGGAGCCAAGGCCAAGGCUAAGGGCAAGAACAACGCCGCCGCCGGAGGUGCCGCCGCUAACAACGGAACCGCCAACGCUGGAGGCAAGAAGAAGGGCAAGAACGCCAACGCCGCCGAUGGAGCCACUGGAAAGAAGAACGCUGCCGGUGGCAACAACAUCCUCAGCAGCCUUCUCGGUGAUCUCACUGGCAACAACAACGCCGCUGCUGGUGGUGCUGGCCAGAACGACCCUCUCGCUCUCCUCAACGGCCUUCUCGGACGUGACGAGCACUCUGCUGACGUUGAGGAGCGCCAAGUCGAGGACGACGGUGCCGAGCUCGAGGACCGCCACGUCGAGGCCCGUCAAGCCGCGGACGACGCUGAGGACGAGGAGUAA